GUGGCUCCAUGCUCAUCUCAGCAGUCUGCUGCUUCUUCCUGUUUUUUGGCAACAGUGAGUCUGCAAUGAUCGGCUGGCAAUGCCUGUUCUGUGGGACCAGCAUCGCAGCCUGGAAUGCUCUGGAUGUGAUCACAGUGGAGCUGUAUCCCACCAACCAGAGGGCCACAGCCUUUGGCAUCCUCAAUGGAUUGUGCAAAUUUGGCGCCAUCCUGGGAAACACUAUCUUUGCUUCUUUUGUUGGGAUAACCAAAGUGGUCCCCAUCCUUCUGGCUGCUGCUUCUCUGGUUGGAGGGGGCCUGAUUGCCCUUCGACUGCCAGAGACCCGAGAGCAGGUCCUGAUGUGAACAACCCACUGGGAGAAAGAUGGGAUGAUCUUCUCCAAGACACUCCAGCACAGCCACGCCUCCCACCUCUCACUGUCCAUGGACACCAUGGACAGCACAGGAGGAGAAAUGGACUUUGCUACCCCUAGUUUAGGACCCACUCCAGUUGUCAAUACAUUUGUAACUCAGGUGAUUGACUAGGGGUGCCCUGAGUCACCCUUAGGAUCCCAGAGCUGUGUGCUUAGCUUCAGGUCUCUCCAUCCAAGGCAGGGAGGGGGAGGAGCCUCCAGCAAACAUACAGUGAGCAAGGAGUAUGUGUUUCUCUAAAUGAGGUGCAAGGAAUUAUUUGCAUUUCAGACUGAAAUCGAGGACAACAAACAGUUAAGCUCCUCCACAUAGUUCCCAGGAGCCCUGUGACCUAGCAGAUUGCUUAGGUUGGGAGUUGGGGUCAUCACAUGAAGAAUGGGCUAGGAGAACAGGAUAUACA